GUAUAUAUAUGCUUGUGUGGAGAUAGAUUUAGAGAGAGAAAGAGGUGAAGCGCACGCGUGUGGGGGGAGGAGUGGAGGUGAGCAUCGGAUUCGAGCGGAGAUGAUGUUUGGGAAGAGAGCUGAGAUGAAGAGGACGACGAGCAUGACGGAGUUCGCCUUGGAUUUCAGUCGGAGCGGAGAAGCUCUGUUUCAGCCGCUGGAUCGGCAGAUUCCUGCCGUCGCCGGAGUAGAUCGGACGCUGCAGCGGCGUAGCUCGGCGGAUUUUGUCCAAACCGCGCCGUUCUUAAGAGCUUGCUCGCUCUGCAGACGCCGCCUCAUCCCUGGCCGCGAUGUUUACAUGUAUAGAGGCGAUAGUGCUUUCUGCAGCGUAGAGUGCAGACAACAGCAGAUGAGUCAGGACGACAGAAAGGAGAAGUGCUCGCUGGCCAUGGCAUCCAACCAGGAACCUGCGGCCACCGCCGCCGCCGCCGCCGGUUCUCAAGUCUCCGCCACCGGCUAAAGCCGUCGCCACCGCCGGCGGCUAUCAUCGCCUCUUUCAUAUACGCUAAUGUCUGUAUGUAUGUAUAUAUAUAUAUAUAUUACUCCUAUAAGUUACCUGAAAUUUUGAUAUGUAAUUUGCUGUGGGAAAUUAUGCUCUAAUUAAUUAAUUAUAGAGCAAGCUAUAUAUACUGUAAUAUUAUGUGUUCUAGUAAAAAAUUGCAUAAGAUA